UUUUUUAACCUAGCUCAUCUUCAACGUUGUUUAUCUCCAACAUCGAGAGGGGCCACUUCCAAGACCACUCGGGCGAACCGGCACGAUUCUACUUUCAAAAUAAGCGGUGCUUUACUAGGCUACUGCAUUCAGAUGGAGACACAAUUCGGAGAGUCGGCUGAUGGCAGUUUCUUUCUCAGUGAUUCCUUGGAGGCAGUCAGUGUGAAAUCAGAGAACGAGGAGAGCCCACUGUGGCACCCUCUUUCACCUGAUCAGGUUGCGGAGUCAACCAGGAUGGCUGAUGUGCAACAGAGAAGUUGUGUGUCGGACCUUUGUCUCCCUGCUGCCUGGAUACCUGUUUUACCUCCCCUGGACCAGCAGUGGAUUUCCAGGGCACUCUUCAAGUGGUCGCAAACUGGACAGCCAGAGCUGGACUUUGCCAUUGUGGAUAAGAACUGGUGGUAUCCCCCGCAGCCAUCGCCUGUCCCCACUGCCAUCCCAGAAAUGGUGAGGUACUUUGGACAUCCCUUCUUCAUCUGGAUGCCGAUGAAGGUCUGGCACGUGCAGCUGUUCUGUCCACAUAAAGAUUGCGGAAAGGAGCUCAGCUUUGUAGGACUGCACCAGCAGAUCAGGCGUGUUGUUGGCCUCAGCCGCACCUACUUCAUGGCAACGGAGGACCUCAGCUGCAGGGGCUGCAGUAGGGCCGUGGCUAGCUGGAGCCACAGCAUUGUACAUCAGCUGGACAUCUGCCACCAAGUCCAGUUUCCUUGUCUCCUCUCCUCUGAGCUGGGCUGUGACCGGCAGGUGGUGCGGCAGCUGCGGUUCGGGGGUCCUGGGAAGAACAUCCGCCAGUUUCAGACCCAGCUGGAGGAGCAGCACACAGAGUCCUGGCUGCAGAAACAGAUCCUCUUCCUGACCGAUUUCAGGAGACUGAUGCAAGCUGUUGCGUCUGGACUGAAAACGCCAAUCAUGCUUGGGGAUUUGCCCACAAUGCUCCCGGUUCCAAAGCAUCGUUGGCUGAUGCAGGCGUAUUCCCAGGAUCUGCUCUGCCGGCUGGAGGAGACAAAGGCGUCCAUCACCUCCCAGUUUGGACGAAUCUUAAAAAUGGACUCGGCCAAAAGAAUUGUAAAGAAGCUGGCAGGGGAGAGUAAUGCAACAUCAUCCUGGGUCACCAACAUCAUCAAUGAGCACGGUCAGGUGAUCAUGUCCGUGCUCACGGCCAGCGAGGGCAGAGGGCUGGAAAAGAUGAUGGGUGGCGUCGUUAGCCGCUACCAAGACGGCGGUGUGCCACCGCCCGAGGUGCUGUAUGUCCAGCAGGACUGCUGUGGGUCCACGCAUGUCCGCAACAUGUUCAGGCCGUGGCACAGCACAGAGAUUCGCCUGGACGUUUGGCAGUUCAUGCAAAGAAUCGCCGCGGGAUGCACGAGCGACUCGCACGCCUUUUACGCUGAAUUCAUGAACAGGCUUGGUCACUGCGUAUUCAUAUGGGACCAGCGGGACAUCCAAGCACUCAGAGAGGCCAAACGGGCAGAGCUGGAGGACCAGCAGCAGACGCGACCCUCGGACGCAGAUGUCACGCGUCACAUCUCCAGGGCUGAGAUGGCGUUGCACUGCAGGAGGAGCACCAGAGGCAGCAGUGAGAUGGAGGAGCGCAUCACUGCGCUGAUCCAGGCCUGCGACGGAGAGACGGGCUGCCACCCUCUCGGCGUGCCCCUCAUUAACUCCGUGAGGAUGGCAGAGAUCUGGGAGGCCCAGAAGAGGCACCUCCCUUGCAUCCAGGACCCUCCAGGCGUGCAGCUGUACACACAGACGGGGACCCUGCGCAAGGGCCCGCGCAGUCUGCCCACCUACAGGUGUGCCAGGGACACCACCUCACUGCAGCGUUUCCACCACCACAUAAACAGCUUCAUCCCAGGAACUGUGGCCAGUGCGGCGUUGUUUCAGGCCUAUCUGGUGGAGGGCAUAGGGAGGUGGAAUGAGGACAGGGCCGUGGCAGCAGAGGGGAGAGUCGUGUCCCACAGUGGCCGCCUCAGGGACGCUGCCAACCGGCUCGCCAGGGAGGUCAUGGGAAUUACACCGACGGACUCCACUGGGUCGCCAAAUUAUACAGGUGAACUCAUAGGAGUGGAGUACUUGUAUGAUCAGACCGGCAGUGCUCUGGAGGAUUACCAGCUGACUGUCUCAGCGCUGGAGACGGAAGAGGUGACCGUGGCCGAGGACGAGGGCUUUGUGGAGCACGUGGAGCAAGUGAAGCUUGAGGACGUCACCAUCUCCAUGCCUGAGGAGUCUGAUCCACCUCCCUCUCCCGCCACAUCCAGCAGAGCCACAUCCACAUCUGCUGUGUGUUUAUCCUCUCCCCCCACCUCCACCACCACAGCCAUCGCUUCCACACAUUCUGCCCUUGUUAUCCGGUCAUCCUCUCUCCCCGCCUCAGCCACCAAAGACAUGACGUCUACAUCUUCUGUUCUUGCUGUCCAGUCAUCUGCUCUCCUCCCCUCGACUGCCACAGCCGUCACCUCAACAAAGAAAGCAAAGCUCCGUCUGACCACUGAGCCAGCGGCGGCUCCAACUUGGCGUCCCCUGGCCGGGGCCGGAGCCGGAGUUGGAGCUGGAGCUGGAACGCCGCAGUCUUGUCCUAUCUCUGUCCUCUCCUCCGCCGGCCCCAGGUCUCUCCCUGCCGUGCCGGUCCUAAUUCUACCCAGACUAGGUCCUGAGGAUCCCACUAAUCAGCUGGCCCCAUCUAGGCUGCUCCUUCCUCCCGGGGUGACCCUGGUGGCCGUUGGGUCUUCACGGGGGGUCUCGGGGCAGUACCCUCAUUCGGCGUCGGUGCCGUACAGCACCCAGCGCUACAGGAAAAGGAAGUGGGAGAGAGGCACGCACACGCGCAAGUAUGUCAAAAGAAGAGAUGUGGUCAUUUGUAAACAGUGCCAGAAAGAGAGAAAGCCGUCCACCCACGUACAAUACUUUGGCAAUUGGUACUGUGAAGAGACGUCUACUGUCAAACUGUCUGAAUGGAGAAAGAACUUGGCAGCCAGAGGUUACGGAAAAAAGAAAGAGUCGAAAUAACAUUCCAUUGUGCUUAUUUGUUUCGUUUAUUGUAUUAUUUGUUUUUGUUAUUCAAUAAUACAUUUCCAAUACAAAAAUACAUCCCUUUA